ACCAUCUCGGCUGCCAGCCCGGCUGGGCACCGGGCAUCUGCGAAGCUAGCCCUAUUUGGCACUGGCCAUCUCCGGGCACCUACCGUCUCGGGCGCCGCCCAGCUUCUUGCGACUCCCCGGCCGUGGACUUCGCGCCCUCCCCGACCCCGGCCGCUGGGCAGGACGCCCGUGAGCUUCCGGCGACCCCAGCCCCUUCGGCCGCCGCCGCGAUGCUGCCCUGGAGACGGAACAAAUUCGUGCUGGUGGAGGAUGAGGCCAAGUGCAAGGCGAAGAGCCUGAGCCCGGGGCUCACCUACACGUCGCUGCUCUCCAGCUUCCUCCGCUCCUGCCCGGACCUGCUGCCGGACUGGCCGCUGGAGCGCCUGGGCCGCGUGUUCCGCAGCCGGCGGCAGAAAGUGGAGCUCAACCGGGAGGACCCGACCUACACCGUGUGGUACCUGGGCAACGCCGUCACCCUGCACGCCAAGGGCGAGGGCUGCACCGACGACGCCGUGAGCAAGAUCUGGGCGCGCUGCGGGCCGGGCGGGGGCACCAAGAUGAAGCUGACGCUGGGGCCGCACGGCAUCCGCAUGCAGCCGGGCGAGCGCAGCGCCGCGGGGGGCCCCGGGGGCCGGCGGCCGGCGCACACCUACCUGCUGCCGCGCAUCACCUACUGCGCGGCGGACGGGCGCCACCCGCGCGUCUUCGCCUGGGUCUACCGCCACCAGCUGCUGCAGCCGCCUGCUCUUCCCAAAGCAUAG